AUGGCAAAACCACAGAUUUUGGUUUUACAUGGAUAUACACAAUCAGCAUACAUUUUCUCAAAAAAGAUAGGAGCUGUUAGAAAAGCUCUCAGAGAUUGCUGUGAUUUGCAUUUCAUUGACGGUCCUAUCGAAUUAGAUAAGAGUGACUUACCAAAUGCUGAAAUGUACGAUAGUAUGUUUGUAGAUUCUGCACCUAGAGCUUGGUAUGUUACUAGAAAGAAUCACAAAACAGAUAAUACAGAUUUUGAACGGUUCGAUGAAUCUUGGACUGAAAUAAAGGAACUUCUUUCAAAACAAAAGUUUGACGGUAUAUUAGGAUUCAGUCAAGGUGCUGGUUUCGCAGCUGCUUUAUCAGCUGUACUUGUUAAUCCGGAUUUAAGACCAGAGUUUAAGGACGUACACCCUCCUUUUAAGUUUUGCAUCACUGUUGGAGGUUUUAAAAUCCAUGAUAAAGCAUAUGAUCAUCUAUACCCACUUCCGGUAUCUGGAGAUAAGACACAUUUCUUACACGUCAUUGGGGAUAAUGAUAUGAUAGUUACACCGGAAAGGAGCGCGUCACUUGUUGAAAAUAGCCCAAAUGGUCGUUGUGAGAGGCAUCCUGGUGGUCACUUUGUACCAUCUAGUGCUCCAUGGAGGCACUUCUUCCUGAGAUACAUUGAUAGCUUCAAUGAAGGAGGUUCUUUUGGUAACGUUGAAGGACCUCAACCAACACCAGAAAGUUUGGUAGCGAAAUCAUUACAAGGUACGCCUUCUAGCCAAUCAAGUAACCUCUAA